AUGGUUCUCAAAGCCAAUGGUGCAAAAUAUAGGUACAAUAAGGAACUGUACAGUGCUCUAAUGAGAGAAGAGGGGGACGAGGUGAUACGACUUUGCCAACAAAAUCCAGAUGGUCCAUUGUACAUACUAACCUUACACCAAGACACCGUCCUUCAUAUGGCCAUCCACUCCAGACAAACAAAUUUGGUGCUCAGUUUACUCAAAGACUUGCCCGAACAUCAAUUUCCCAAACUGAUGCAUACCAAUGACUUGGGAAACACCGUACUCCACGAGGCAGCCACUGCGGACAGCAUAGUCCCGGCGGCCAAGGAAAUACUGAUCAAAGCACCAAAAUUGCUAAGUAAGUGCAACCGGCAAGGAGAGAUGCCUCUAUUUCGUGCUGCCCGUUAUGGGCAAAAAAGAAUGUUUGAGUUUCUUGAUGAUGAAAUCAACAAAAGCAUUCAAAAUGAAGCAGAUCUUAAGGUCUUUCAUUAUAGGAAGGAUACCGCCACUAUACUUCAUUUGGCUGUCCAAACCGAGCACUUUGAUAUAGCCCUCUUGAUUGCAAGAAAGUAUGAAUACUUGCUUAAUGAAAAAGACGAUGAUGGAAUGACUGCUCUUCAACUUCUUGCAAUCAAUCCAUCGGCAUUCGACAAAGGGAGAACACAAGGAUCUCUCCAGCAAUUCUUUUACUCUUGUAUCUCAAGUCUAACAACUACUACGACAAAUGGAGCUCGAACAUGUACAAUUCCCAUGUGGGAAUCAAUCCAAAUGCAGAAACGCAACUAUGAGUCAGCAGUGAAACUUGCCAAGCUUUUGAUAGAGAGAGACACCUCAUGGGAGGAUACUGAAAUUGCAUUAAACCCAAGUAAGCCAAAGACCCACAAAUAUACCUCCAAGACUUCCCAAGGCCAAGGGGUAGAGGUGACGUCACAGAAAGCAGCAUCAAGCAAUCUAAAAUCCGCUGCGAGAAUUGCAUUGUUUUUGGCAGCAAAGUCAGGCAUUAUGGAGAUUGUUGAAGAAAUACUUAUGUCAUAUCCUCAGGCAAUAGAGAAAGUGGGGAAGGCCUUCCCUCGAUGUGCAAGUAUUUCUCCAAAAUCAUCAACCACCCCUCGAGUCAAGUUUCAGAAAUCCCAAGCCGCGAUUCCUUCCAAGCCCUCUCAAGCUCAAGGCAGUAGUUCCACAAGCCACUUUCAGCUUGAGAUUGAGUAG